UGGCGAGAACGGAGCGACCGCAGUGUGUUCUGCCGUUGAGAUUAGGAGCGGUAGUUCCUUUCUGUGAAAAUAAUGUUUUACCUGCAUCUUCUACUCAAUAAACCUCUAUAUUUACAGCUCUUUUACGAAAACAAGUUGAUCAGAACCCAUCAAAUCUGAAACCGAUGCCAUAUAAAUGCUGAUACAAACGCGCUCUAAAAUGUGCAGAAUUAUUUCCUAAAUCGAGCAGCUCAUCGCAGCACAGUAGUUAUAAUUGGCUGUGAACGGGGCUGGAUGUGAGUUAGAUUAAACAUACUGCCCCUCAAGUCUUUAAACCUCGAUUGUUUGUUAGUGUAGAUGUGCGACACAAAAUUUAAGCAAAGUCAUUAUGUAAAACAAGCCUGCAUCAGUACCUAGACUCUCACAGUGUAGUUUUAUCGUGAUUAGUGUCUCUCUUGGUGAAUCCAGUGGCUCUGAAUCUCCAUCUUUAGUUAGUGUGUGUUUACGGUUAGCGCAGGUUGUGUGCAGGCUAGCGAUCCCAACUUGCUUUCAAUUUUAACAAUUUCAGAUGUUGAUAAUCCCUUUACACUUGGUAUAAUUUAAUGUAAUUGCCCAGUCUUGUCAAAAAUCUUCAAUUUAGCCCGUAGUAUAUUAUUUAUUUUGUAGCAAAAGCCAGUUUCAGCUCUGCGCAUAGCCCCCGUUGAGGUGCAAGGAUUACAUUAAAAUAACCAACAAUCGACCACAAGAAACUAGAAAAAAUAACAAUUUGAUGUGAUGUUUUGUCUGUUUGCCUGGUUUUUCGGUCAACAAAGACAACCAAAUACAGCAUGAGGUGAAAUGAGUUCGGCGUUUGCAGAAAGAAGCGCACUUCCCACAUUGGGCACUAGGUGGCAGUAAAAGUCCAUCUAUUUAGACAGGAGGAUGGGGAUUAUCAGUGGUGAGCUGCGUUACUGGGAAUAUCUCAGUGCACAAUAGAAAUUAAACGACAAAUAUGAGAUGGCAUUCAAUGGAAAGGCGGUCGACUCUAAGACCGUGUUUUUCAACCUGCUGCUGUGCCUGAUCAUCUUCUACAGCCUUUUCUAUAUGAUUGGGAGCGUGUGCUUUGGUGCCUUCAGGUUGAAUACAUUUGAUGGUCUCAUCCCAUUUGAUUUCAAGAGUGAUCCAGCUGAGUCAAACUCAAAAUAUUUAGUGAACCUUGUGUCUUUGGAGCUCACAUACUUUUGUAGUGGGCUUUUAUUUGCAGCAGUGGUGAGGAGGCGCGUGUGGGACUAUGCCCUCACUGUCACUCUCCUGCACGUUCUCAUCACCAGCCUUGUAAUGAUGGAGUUUCCAAUGGUGUGGCAGUGGUGGCUUGCUUUAGGUUGUGGAUUGUUUUUGAUGAUCUGCAAUGGACAACUUAUUGCCUACUUCACCUGCCAAAAUGACCAGACCUACUCUUCAUUUAGCAUUUAUUAAUAUUUUAAAGAGAAGUGAUGUUUCUAUUAAAAUGUCACUUCAUUUUCUGUUCUUGUUUACAAAAAGCUAAUUUAUUCAGUGUUAUGAUGAUGAAAGACUAGAUGCCAAUCAAGAAAUGUAUAUAUUUUUUAAAUCGUCAGGAUUUUUUUGCUUUU